CGCCAUCAGGCGCUUCGGGUACUAGGUAGUGGGCGUCCUAUUGAGUGUGGCAUAUUUUCUUUAACGUUUUCCUAUGUGUCCGUUUUAGAAGGAGAAAUGGAAUGGAAUUUUUUUUACCUGGGUGGUUUAAGGGGGCUUGCCUUCACAAGGUAAGGAACAGGAGCGGUAGAAAGGAAUAUAAAGGACAAAAAGGGGAAAGGUUGGUACUGUAGUUAUAUUUUGGCCACACUCAAGAUGAUGAAUCUAAAAUGCAGAUUUUGCAUUGUGUCGUUCUGUCUCGGAUCUAUAUGCUUCGGUUACGUCAUUGAAGUGUGCCCUAUUUGGGAGGAGAGCUGCGGCGCUCAGAGAUGACGUGUGUCGGGACACAUCAGUCUGUGCAAAGCGAAGUUGCUGGCUGAUGGGUUUGGCGGGGAGACACGGUAAAGCAGCCUUGAGGAGGGCUAUUAAAUAUUUGCAACAAUGGGAAGAAGCUACUUUGUAGAAGAAGCUGUUGGACAAUAUCUAUUGGACCUUGCCACCAAGUCAAAGACACUUAUCACUGGCCUUUUGGUAGGGCAGUGCUCCCAGCAAAGAGACUACAUUGUCCUAGCUAUUCGAACACCUCCAAAAGAGGAAAGUAAAAGCAAUACAAUUCACCGAUCAGAUUUGUCUAAUAUUGAUGAGGAAUGGACAACAGCACACGCCAAUCAGGUGUCAAGAAUGCUUCCUGGAGGACUGCUAGUCCUUGGUGUUUUUACUGUUGCAGUCCCAGAGCUGUCAAAAGAAAUCCAAAAUACACUACGGAAGCUUGUUUUUUCAGUAGAAAAGUCUGUAGCUAGGAAGAGGUUGUGGAGCUUCUCGGAAGAAGAUGUGCCAGACAGAGUGGCUCUUCAUUUUUGUUCUGCUACAAAGAAAACACUUUGUCGCACUUAUGAUGUACAAGAUCCAAAGAGUGUUGCCAAGCCAGCAGACUGGAAAUAUCAGCAUGGCCUCUCCACUUCAUGGCUGUCUUUAGAAUGCACAAUUAAUGCUAAUAUACACAUCCCACUACCAGAGACCUUGGCCAGCCACGACCUAGAGAAAAAUACAAGGAAUGGAUUAGCACGAUGGGCCAAACAGAUAGAGGAAGCUGUCUUUUUGAUCAAUGGUCAAGUUAAAGAAGAAGAUGCUGACUUGUUGGAAGGGCAGAAAAAGUUUACAAGAGGAAACAUGCCAUCAGCUACUCAGAGCCUUGAUGUUAGAGUUUUAAUGCAGUUGUCACGAAAUUCAAACUCCAGGUCCACAGCAACAGUCCAGAUCUGCAGUGGUUCCAUAAAUCUUAAAGGUGCUUUAAAAUGCAAAGCUUACGUCCAUAAUAACAAGCCCAGAAUUAAAGAUGCUGUUAAGGCCUUGAAGAGAGACAUAAUAAACACUCUCUCUCAUCGUUGUGAAAUAUUAUUUGAAGAUCUGCUUAUCAGUGAAACACCAGGAAAGAAAAACUCUGAAAGGGAGUAUCACGCCUUGCCUUGCAGAGUGUUUGCCCCCAUUGCUGAGUCCAAUGUGUUGCUGUGUGAUUAUAAGUUUGGUGAUGAGACAGCUAGGGAAAUCCAAGAGCAUUUUCUUGAGAUGCUGGAUCAAGCUGUUCAAACAGAGGAUAUACAAACAGCUGAGGAAAUGAAUACAGUUGAAGUAACCCCACCAAAGGAAUUCCAGGAUGAUGUGCAACAGAAGCGGUUGACAAAAGAAACACUUCUAUUGAAAUUUCAUCAAAACAUAGGAGUGGUGAUAGCAGUGGCUGUCGCAAUAUCUGCAGCAGCCUUCUCCUUUAACUACUUCAGUGACUAGUCUUCAAAUAUUAAAAACCAUCCUGAAAACUCGAGCCACCACAGACAUCCUCAAAAGAACUCCCAAAACUGACUGCUUUAACAACCUAAUGUGUCACUCAGCAAUACCAAUUAGCUAUUCUAAAUAAUGAUCAUUUCUGCAUGCAGUAAUGCAGGCGGAAUCUUUUGUUUUAAGAGAAGGGAAAACAAACGCUGUCAAUUGACAGACAAUUUUUGUAAUAUAACAAUACUUUUCCGAAUUCAAGAUGAAUUUGUCAAAUGUCUACUUAACUUUCCUCUUACUAAUUAAAAGGACCAUUGUUAAA